UGUCAUCAGUAAACAAACCUUGGCGCUUAACUCGAGCGUAUUCAAACAUUUUACUCUCUCCACGAUGGCAGACAGAUCUGAAUUCCCUGACGCCGUGGAGAGUGAGGCGCGGGAGGUGGUGGCGGGCCUAAUCAGGGAGCAGGACUGGGAGGAGGAGGAGAAGGAGAAGAUACAUAAGGAGUACAUUGCGGGGCCUUCUCUCCUGCACCCCUUGCUGUUGCAUCUUCCAGCCCAAAAAAUUCUCAGGAACUUCAAACACAAACAAGAGUUUGGCGCCGUGCUGCAGGAGAUGCUGCCGAUGGUGACAUCUCUCUACCUGGGCAGGAAGCCAACAGUGACAAGAAGUGUUGAUGAUGAUGAUAAUAGAGAGGCGCUGGAGGAAGCCAAGGUGCGGCAUGAGGCUACUGUCAUCGCCAUCACCAAGAAGAGGAAAGAAUACCCACAGUACUUGUCCAAACUCCUCGGCAAGACCACCCGACUCAAGAAGGAAGCUGUGGCGGUGAUGAAGGUGGACAUGCAGUUACCAGAGCCCAUGGAGGAAGUGGGGACAGCAACAGACCUGGACAACACAUACUGGGAUGCCCUGAAGGAGGAGGUAAAUGACAACCUCAUUGAGUCCACACACAAUAUUCUGAUGGAUGUGGAGCGCCUCUCUGGUCUGGUGGACUUUGCCAGGGUGAGCCGACAGUUGGACCCUCUCUCCAUCUUUGAUGAUUUUACCUCCUACAGGGCCACCAAGUCCUCAUAAUGCACUGUCUGUCUAGGGCCCUGAACACUUGACAGUCUUACAGAUAUGUGUGUCCAAGUCUCUUCCAUGGUAAUCUUUCCAUCAGACUAUUCUCUUCGUUGACAUCUACAGGACCACCAAACUUUGACAAUACAUCAGCCACAUCUGUCUAGAGCCCUGAACACUAGACUGCCAGACAGAUUUGUGUGUCCAAGUCUCUUCUGUGGUGCAUCUUUCCAUCUGACAGGUGUUUCUCCUCUUCAGUCAUUACAUUGCCACCACCAAGUCCUCGUGAUGCACUGCAUAUGUAGGGCCCUGAACACUUGACUGUCUGGUGAAUGCAUGCUUCUAAGUCUCUUCUAUGUUUGUUUUUUCCAUUAGACUUCAUUAGAUUUCACUAGACUUUGAUGUCUACAAGACCACCAAACUUUGACAAUACACCAGCAACAUCUAUCUAGGGCCCAGAACACUUAGGCAGUCUGGUGUGGAUGUGUGUGUUUGUCUGAGUCUCUUCUAUGGUUGGAAUUCAUUGUUUUUCCUCUUUGACAUCUUGAGAACCACCAAACUUUGACAACACACAGACCACAUCUGUCUGCAGCCCAGAACACUAGACACUGGUAUGAAUGUGUGUAUGCCUUUUCUCUAUGGGUAAUCUUUCCAUAAAGCCAUAUUUCCCUUCACUGUACUGUUUCUCCUUUAUCUUUGACCACUGUAGGGCCACCCAGCCUUGACAAAACACCAGACACACCUAUCUAGGGACCAGAGCACUAGACAGUCUGAUAUGGGUUAAGUCUGUGCCUGUUUGAGGUUCUUCUUUGGGUGAUCUUUUCAGUCUGACUUUAUUUACUUAGUUUUAUUGUACCUCCUAUCUUCUGUCUGGGUGACUUCUGAGUAUAUGCAGUAAUAAAAUACACUUGUGUCAUGUAAAUCAUACAUGAACAUUUUGAUAUAAACAGCAGAUAAAGAUGUUUGUGUCAAAUUAACUGUGUAUACAUCUGUCUCAUCAGUAAAUAAAGCUUGAAAGUGAGUGAAAAUCAUGAAAACUAAUAUUUGGAGAAAGGAAGCAACUCAGCCUCACAUUUCAAAAAGUUUGUGAGAAGAUCAGUUGUCUGAACCAUUAAUAACAAUUGUUUACAUAUUUA